UACUUAAAACAAUUAAAAACUACUCUUUAACUCAUACUUCCCAUAGUAUGUCGACAUUAUUACAACAUUAUGAGUCUAAUACAAUAAUCAACAAGUCAAUGCAGCAAAUUCCAUUGUAGUUGCCGUCAUUAACCUCUGAAUCUUCUUAUAUUCAUAUUCACACUCUAUUAACCAAAACCUUAAAAAAAAUAUAACUUAUAGUUGUUGUUAUAUAUGUUGUAUCGAAUCACUAGUUCCAUGCAUAAACAUUCUUUCAGUUCAUCUAUCUCUCCCGUAUGCUUUUAGUUUCUAACCAAUAAUGGGAUUCAAAAUAAAUAUCCAAGUCUUUGUUUUUUCUAUCUUCAUUUUUCUCAUAAUCCCAACUCUAAUAGCGGCCGAAUGCACAUGCGAUGAAGAAGAUGGAGAUAGAAACAAAUCCAAAGCUCUUCGUUACAAGAUAGCAGCUUUAUCAUCAAUCAUGGUUGCAAGUGCAAUUGGUGUUUGUAUACCACUUCUUGGAAAAGUGAUACCUGCUUUAAGCCCGGAAAAAGAUAUAUUUUUUAUCAUCAAAGCCUUUGCUGCUGGUGUGAUAUUAUCAACCGGUUUCAUCCAUGUGCUUCCUGAUGCUUUUGAGAAUCUCACUUCGCCAUGUUUGAAGGAACAUCCUUCGGGUGAUUUUCCGUUUACUGGUUUUGUGGCUAUGUGCACUGCAAUGGGAACUCUAAUGGUUGAUACAUAUGCCACUGCUUAUUUUCAAAACCAGAAUUCUAAAAAAACACCGACACAAGUCGAAAAUCAUGAGUCAACAGCAGAUGAAGAGCAUGAAGAGCAUGUGCAUGUUCAUACUCAUGCCUCACAUGGUCAUGCACAUGGCCAUAUUUCUUCGGAUACAUCAUCAGAACUUCUUCGUCAUAGGGUUGUAUCACAGGUAUUGGAGUUGGGAAUUAUUGUUCAUUCGGUUAUAAUAGGAAUUUCACUGGGUGCUUCAGAGAGUCCUAAAACCAUAAAACCACUAGUAGGUGCAUUGACUUUUCAUCAGUUCUUCGAAGGCAUGGGACUUGGAAGUUGUAUAACUCAGGCAAAUUUCAAGAAUCUAUCGAUUACUGUCAUGGGAUUGUUCUUUGCUUUAACAACUCCAGUUGGAAUUGGAAUUGGCAUAGGGAUCAGUAGUGUUUAUGAUGAGAACAGUCCAACAGCCCUUAUAGUUGAAGGAAUCUUCAAUGCAGCUUCAGCUGGGAUCUUAAUCUAUAUGGCACUUGUAGAUCUUCUUGCUGCUGAUUUUAUGAAUCCAAGGAUGCAAAAAAGUGGUACUCUUCGAUUAGGCUGUAAUAUAUCACUUCUUUUAGGAGCUGGUGCCAUGUCUCUUAUAGCUAAAUGGGCUUGAGUGUUUACUUAAUUUUUUAUUUGGUUUUUCAUUUAAGUCAUUUAUGAUUUCCGAAUUUAUAUGGGAAGAUCCUACGACCCAUAUUGAUUGGAAUUAAGUAUUAAAAGAAUUUAUAUAAAGGAUUUUUUCUCAUCAUAUAAAAUGAUUUUGUAAAUCUAAAUUAGGUCAAAUUCAAAUGAAUUAUUUGGGAGUUGAUUGAUGUGUUAUUUUGGACCACAUUAUGGUGUUUAUGGGGUUGAAAUGUCUCUUUAAUGAGUGGUGUGUAGACCAUCUACGAUGUAUGUAUUCCAAGGGUAUAGUCCCUUUGACUAGAUGGGGGAGAGCUUUGGUUCUUUGAUAUCUUAUGUUUAUUUAUUUUUAAUAACAAAGCAAUAUCCUUUAUUCUCUUA